AUGUCACCACCCGAACACAAGAUGGCUUAUUUCCCUCGAAUCACCAGCUCCCUCCCUUCUGAGCAUAGUGAAUUCAGGAACGUCCUCUGGACUGGAGAGAGCAGUCAAUUGGUCAUUAUGACUAUUCCCGUCGGAGGGGAGAUCGGUGAAGAGGUCCACCACGUUGACCAACAUCUCGUUUUCACUUCGGGCACUUGCAAAGCUGUAAUUGCAGGUGAAGAGAAGGAAGUGAAAGCUGGUGAUUUGGUUAUUGUACCUCAAGGAACCAAGCAUAACUUUAUCAACUCCGGUCCCUCCCCUCUGUCACUCUUCACGGUCUACGCUCCAGCUGAACAUGCCGAGGGAGCAUCGCACAAGACCAAGGAAGAAGGUGAUAAGCUCGAAGAUGAAGGAAAAGAUGAAGCUCCCGAAUGGGCUCAUAAGGGUUGA